GGAGACGGAGAUAGAUACACAUUGCUAGCAAAAACAGUCUAUAGAAAUAUAAAGGGAAAAGGUCAUUUAUUUAUUUAUUCUUAUCAGUUAUAUUUCAUUCAUUUGAGCGUGAGGUUACAAAGAGAGAAAGUGUGAGGGUAGACCGAGACGUCGAGACGAAGGAAAAGACACACUGCAGUGGAGCUGGAAUAUGGAUGCACAGUCUGAGAGCUGUGAACCACCGCCAUGUGACCCUCAGCCUCCAGGUAAAAUCAGAAAAGCCUUCAAACUGUUCGGCAAGCGGAAGCCUGGAAGCAGCGUCGCUAGCAUCUUCUCCAUGCGUGGGAAAGGAGAUGAAGGCCCUAAAUCACCGCCAUCAAUUAGCAAAACCCUGGAUGGAUUAAAAGAGCCUACUGCCCCGGAAGCAGAGGCAGAGCAGGUGGAUCUUGACCAGGAGGAUGAGAGUCAACAGGAGGAAGCUCCAAUGGAGGAGUUCACGAGCGGAAACAUGGAUUCAGAAACCACCCCUACUCGGCAUUCCAUCUCCUCGCUCACCUCUGCUAAGUCUUUGAGCUUCCUCAAUAUGCUUCGCAAAGGCCGGCGGGGAUUGACGGGAGAACGCCAGGCUCAGACCGAGUCUCAGAGGCCUGGACGCCAACGGAAGGGCCUAAAGGGAUUGUUUGGUACAGUACGCUGGCGUGGUAAAGAGAAGGAGGAUGAGGAGGAGGAAGAGUCUCAACCUGGCCCUCCCCUACUUGCUUCCCGCUCCAACAGUGUUGAGAUUAUUAAGGAGAGUCUCACAUUAACACCUGGGCCUCCGGCUCGCUCUGUGGAGGAGACAGAGGAAAAGCUUCUUACACCACAAGAGGGCCCUAUGUCAUCUGAGGACUCUGCAAAGGUGAGUGGGGUGAACAAACCUCCAACAAAUGAACGCUUGAGCACACUGCUCGGAGAUAUCUCAUCAAUUUUGAGCUUUGAUUCACUGACGGCAUGUGGAGAUAUUGUAGCAGAUGUUGAGGCAGAAUGGGUCAAAGCUAGCAGUAGAAUGGAGGGAGCACCUAGCACACAGCAAGUGGAUAAUUCUGAGAAGACUUCAUCUUCUACAACUUCUACAAGAUCAAAGCCUAGUCCUUCUCCUACUUCUACUCUAAGCCCCACCACCUCUUUCAAACCGUCCCCUACUUUAGCAACCAAACCCACCCCUUCACCCACCACCACCAAACCUUUUGCCAGCCCUUUGACAAAACCUGCAGUCACCUCAACGUCCUCUUCGGUGACCAAAAUGUCACCGUCUAUGCCUACUGGCCCUAUUAUCCCUACCCCAACAUCCAGCCCUCUCGCUAAACCCACCCCCACAUCAUCAGCUUCGCCCAUAACCCAGCCUACACCAACACCUAUCCCAAUACCUCAAGCCACUGCAACUUCAAUUACUCCAUUUAUCCAACCUAAACCAACCCCUACAUCUGUCUCCACUACACAGCUUGCCCCAGGCCCUUUAUCAAGCCCUACAACCAAAUCUAUCCCUUCCCCAGCUAAACCUGCCCUGUCCCCUGAAUCUAGCCCUGAAAUCAAACCUGACACACGAUCUAGCUCCACAACUACCCCCAUGACCAAACCUAUCCCAACCUCUACACUCAUUCCUCUAUCUCUCUCGACCACUACUUCUGAAACCUUCCCCUCCCCCUCAAUUAGUUCUACCCCUGAAACUUCUGCUGUUACCAAAACUGAACCUACCCCAACCCCUGUGACUAAACCUGCCCAAGUAUCAACCCCUGCAACAAAACCCACUUUGAGCAUUACCCAAGAAUCCAAACAUACUGCGUCUACCUCUGCAACCAAACAUACUCCUUAUCCACCACCUUAUCCACCACCAUUUGGUAAACCUACCCCAGCCCCUGCACCAACACCAAGACCAAAACUUGUAACAACAUUUGGAUUAUCGACAAGCCGAAACACUGCUCCCAUUACCAAGCUUGAGACAAAACAACCCACGGGACAAACUUCAAAAUCUAGUACCCACACUGGCACAACAUCUGUAAGAAAAGCCUCCAUCUCUGAAACGGCUGCUUCUGUUGCUAAACUUCCAUCUGCUGUUAACCCGUCACACUCUACGUCCAUGCCUGCUCCUUUUCUUACCUCUGCCACCAUGAAAUCACCCACAGUUACUUCCACACCAUACAUUCCUGUCCUGAAGUCUCCUCCAGGUAUUACUCCAUCCUUCAUUUCGUCAAAAAGAGCAGAAGAUGAUGUCAGCAUGGAUUUGAGGGAGGACCUGUUAAGACACGAAGGAACUGAUAAUAGAGACUCAUCAGCUACUCAAAGCAUCAGCAAGGCGGUGAAAAGGGGCCCUGCAACAAAGCCCUCAACUCUAAGUAAGAUCCCUGUUUGUGGUGGAGGCAGACCUGCUAAGCUGCAUCAUCGAGAUUCCCAGCCAAAUGGAGAUGAUGACCACUCAAAUCUACCAACACCGGUACAUGAAGAGGAAAGUCCGUUCACUCUCUCACGAGAAAGCAGCAGCAAAGAGGCCCUCAGCGAUGUCUCCACAGAAUCGGGGGCUGUCACCCCAACCCUCUCCCACAGCCAAGAGGACAUUCUUGAUGGCAAACUUAGUCUCCAGACACAUCCAGCAGCUGGUGCAACAAGUUUAACCCGGGAGUCUAAGAUCCCCAUCAAACACGGAUCUACUGCAACCUACCAUUCUGUGCAGGGGAGGGCAGAAGGUGCACGCUCCAAGAUACCAGUGUCCAAAAUGCCCAUUCGUCGGACCAGCAAUAAGCCUGCACCAACAGCUACAGCUGCCGUCACCCGAAAGUAACUGAC